AUGGAAAGUUGCUUCACAAUUGCAAGGUGUGUAUUUUGCAGGGUUCAGGAUGGCUACGAGUUUGUUGUUGUUGUUUUUUGUAGUGUUCUAAUGAAAUUUGUGGAGGAGAGAUUAUUACACUAUGGUGGAAAUUUGUUAGAUCACAAUGGGUGUUUGAAGUGGUGUCUGACAGUUCAUGGUUGUGGAUCGGAAAAGAAGCAGUGGAUAAGUGUGGUUGGUGUUUUUUUGGACGGAGAAGGAGGAAUGAAGCCGAGUUGUAGUAAGUGGUUUGACGUUUUGAGAAUUUUACAUUCUUGCUAUGUUAAUUGGCACAAUGACGUGUUUAUUGUGGCUGAACCCAAAGAUCUGGCUGAGAAGUUUCUACAAAACAUUGUUCACCAAUAUCAAGACUGUCAAACCCUAGUAAUGGAAGAUAAUCAAGAAAUUGGUUCAUAUAUGUUUCAUAGGACUAUGUCACCUAUGCAGUUAUCAGCUGACGAUAUAAGAUGGAUGAUGAUUGAGGGUGAUAAUAUAAGGAACCGCAACAAUUGGUCAAAAUGGAUUCAAGCAUCCUCAUAA